AUGACUGACCUCACUACGUCAUCCACUUCAACAUCAACGACAAACAAUGCCGUCGAGUUGGAGUCGAAAGGGAAGCGAAAGGCUUCUAACGCCGGUCUUGCCGCUAAUUCCCGUCCAGUAAAAAGGCGGGCGUCGAAGGCCUGCUGUUGCUGCCGGGCUCGCAAAGUUCGGUGUGAUGUGGUGGAGAAUGGCUCGCCCUGUACGAAUUGCCGCUUGGACCAGGUAGAAUGCGUCGUCACCGAGAGCAAAAGGAGAAAGAAAUCGCGUGUUGAGAUUGACAAUGCCAACCAUCAGCUCGGUCAGUCGCCGCCUGAGGUUUCUGAUGAUGGUGAGAGUUUCAUCAGGAGACUCAGCGAAUGCCACGGGCUCCCUGAUGUUGCACUCGCAUCUCCGUCACAACGCUCUGUAGAUUUGGAUCAAGGGCAGCACAUGCCACACCUGUUAUAUCAAAGCCAGGCCAACAGAAUUGGUACCGCUGAGCGAUAUCAAAGAAGGAUGGCCCCCAACCCGGCUGUGCCUGCCUCCAUGCCUCUACAUCAUUUUACUUCGCAGAUUCAGCAGCUGCUGGAUCCCUCCUUCAACAAUGAUCGGUCCAGUGGGAUUGUUCUGCCAGAUUACAUUCGAGGGUUGCCUCCUCGACUACAGAAAGAGGAUAUUGACUAUUUAGCAAUGAAGGGAGCUUUGACUGUCCCGGAUGUGGCACUGCGGAACGAGUUGCUUAAAGCAUACAUACACUACGUGCACACGUAUAUGCCCCUCUUAGAUCUGGAGGAGUUUCUGCAGACGAUCGUGCAGAACGAUGGCAUUCGACGGAUGAGUCUAUUGCUCUUCCAAGCGGUGAUGUUUGCGGGGACGGCGUUUGUAGAUCUCAAGCAUCUCCAGGCAGCCGGCUACCCGUCCCGAAAAGCGGCACGCAAAGCAUUUUUUCAACGAGCCAGACUACUGUACGACUUCGAUUACGAGGUCGACCGGAUCUCGCUUGUUCAGUCCUUGCUUUUGAUGACUUACUGGUACGAAACCCCUGAUGACCAAAAGGAUACUUGGCACUGGAUGGGUGUCAGCCUGUCUCUCGCCCACACCAUCGGGCUGCAUCGCGACCCUGGGAACUCUCGCAUGAGCCUCCGGCGCCAGCGGAUGUGGAAGCGCAUCUGGUGGAGCACGUAUACCCGCGACCGCCUGAUUGCUUUGGGAAUGAGACGCCCCAUGCGUGUCAAGGACGACGACUGCGAUGUGCCCAUGUUGACCCUGGACGACUUCGAAUUCUACCCGUUCUCCCCCGAAAUUGUCAGCAUGGUUGGCAACUCCGAGAUCCUGCAAAGUGUCAGUCAUCAGAAGCAGCUAGCUCUGAUGUUUAUCGAGAAGGCAAAACUCUGUCUCUGUGUUAGUCACGUCCUUUCAGCUCAGUACUCGGUUUUGAGCCAUAAAUUCGGGGGAACGAUGGAGACGACUAUGAUGUUAGUCCCGAAGAAGUCGUCCGCAGAGACCUUUGAGGUUCGACGUUGCGACCAGGAGUUGGAAGACUGGCUGGCCCAUCUUCCUGUGGAGAUUAAAUAUUCCCCCGCUGCACCUUCGAAUCUAACGGAGGUGCAAGAAGUCCUCCAUUCUCACCGUGCUUUGCUCAAGAUGGUCUACCUUACAACCUCCAGCGCGCUCCACCGCCCCCAGGUUCUUCCUGCCAUCCCAUUCCCGUCAACGGACGCCGAGCUACAGGAGAUCUCGCGGAACAAGGUUCGAUUCGCCGCGGUAGAGAUCACCAAUAUUGCCCAGGAUUUGCACAGCCUGGACCUCACUCGAUAUUUCCCCACCACUGGAGUUACGGUGCUCCUGCCGGCAGUGAUCAUCCAUCUUCUCGAUAUUAAGUCUAGCGAUCCAAAUAUCCGCAUGACUAGUCUGCAGCGUUUCUACCAGUGCAUGCGCAUCCUGCAGCGUUUGCGAGAGAUCUACGCCUCGGCCGACUUCGCGACGUCGUUCCUGGAGGCGGCCAUUCGCAAGGCUGGCAUUCAGCUUACUGUCUCGCCGCAGGACGUACAGAGUGGAUCUGGAAACAAGCUCGGGGUGGCUGCGCGCGUCAGCACCCUGACUCCACCUCCAGACUCUCUUGCGCAGAAGAUCCCUGAUUUGACGUAUCCCAAGUCCGAUGGCACCGGAAUGGCCACGCAAGUGAAGGAGCAAGAGGCGAUAUUUGCCUCGACUCCUCCACCGUCCGACGGCAGCGAGAACGGCAGCACUAAUAAUAUCAACCCGCGCUACCCCCGGGACUCGUUCAGUAUCCCCAACAUGGAUCCCGAGCUAAGUCUCAGCGAACUGAUGGACCUGGCAAACGAUGCGGAGGUGACACAGAACGACUUUGAUGCUUUGAUCAACUUCGACGAUGCUGGUGCAGAACUCUUUCCGGCGGACAAUAGCCUUAACCCCAGCGGUAAUAACCCUGGUGGGAAGAGUUAUGGUUUUGGCUUGGGUUCCAUGAACGGGAUACCGGAUGUGAUGGGAUUCGAUCCCGGGAAUAAAGGGGUUGAUUUGAUGAACUUCUGCAACCAUGCAACCGCCACCGUCACCGUUACAGACCCGCCACGGUCCGAAGCUCACUGCAUCAACACCGAUCUUGAUGCCGAACUGGGGCUUAAUAUCUGA